AUGCCGGGACGGUGGGUCCGAGACGAUUCUCAAAGCCUCUACUACCUCGACGAUGAGGACAGUAUUGAGGCAAUCGCUGAAGCGGUCACCGAACCGAAGUGGCGGCAGCCUAAUGUGCGUCGCCAACAGAGACAUACACAUACCCGAGCACGGCGCCUGCCUCUUCAUCAACGAGGAGCCAAAAGUGUUAAUGAUGACCCGAUUGUACGGAACCAGAAGAGUCCGAACGAUCGCCAUGUAGCGUCGUCACCAAGGCGCGAGCCGGAGCUUGAAGAUGACUGCGACGAAAUUAUGCUGCGGAAUUCCAUUCUCAAGAGGAAAAGAUCUCUCGUAUAUGCUGAUCGCACAAGUCUGCUUGACCAGCCUUUCGUUCAACCUCUGUCAGGGCUCAAUCUGGUCAUGGGGUAUAACACGAGUCUGCCAAGGUCCCGCAUGGACAUGUACAUCACUGUACUACGGCAACUGGUUCGCUGCUGCUCAGAGAGAUCUGUCUUGGGUCAUGACUUGCAACGGGCUAUAACUGCGGAAGCAGUGCUCUGGGCAGUGCGAGAGGCGUGGCCAGCGGCUGAAGGGUACUGGAAUUUGACUGCUACCUUUCGAGGCUUUCUCUAUGCCGAACUCUGGCGAAAUUUCCCUUGCGAGCGGUCGUACACGCAUCUACCUCCGGCGUACCGUCCUACACGGGCUCAGUUGGCGAUACCUCAUUCACCAAUGAUAGACUGGAUGCCGUGGCCAGAUGUUCGAGAUAUGGCGAUAAAGUUCCAGGAUCAGAUAGACCUCGAUGACUUAUUCAGGGUGGCGAUCCACAAUCUUGUCGCACACCGGAGGGGACUGGGACGGAGAAGGCAAUCGUUCCAACAGGAUGUCCUCGAACCGAGCCCCAGAAUCAUCGAGGAAGUGAACGACGAGACCUCGUUCCGUGUCUGGGAUGUUGUUUGUUUGGAGAAUGUCAGAAGCACAAACCCCUUAGCAGCAGAACCCGGUCUGGAGAAGAAACCUGUGCUGCGCACGCCAGAGUUGCGGGCCCUAUCGCGAGCAUAUGAUCUUCAGUAUGACGAAUUCGACACGCAAAAAUUGGACGACGGGUUCUUCGAAGCGUAUCCCUGCCUAUAUGCCGAUACCGCAGCUUCAGGGUGGAAAGUGAGAAGCUUUCCCAACUUGCGACAAGUGGAUGUCGGUAGGCCUGUUACUUUGACUCGGCCCGCUGUAUUCCGCUUGAAGUCGAAGAUCGAGGCGCUGGUUGGAGCCCCAAUCGAGAUUUAG